AUGGAUCCAGAAGUACCGUGGCCUCCUGGUAUCCCGAACGUGGAUAACAGGGUCUCUGGUGGCGAGAGCACGUCCAUCAGAGCCUCAGGUUGCGUGGCCCUUCCUGUCGACGAUCACUGCGCCGACACUACGAAUGCAAUCAAGAGGACUGGUCCGACGACGAUCGGUAUGGCUAUGUGGAUGUGCGCUCUCCUCAACGAGCUUACGACACAAUGGUGUCCUCUUGUCUCAUUCAAGGGUGAAAAGGCUUAUGAGCAGCUGGCUCUUGGAGAGGCCGCGCUCGGGAAAGAGGAGAAAAUAUGGUUGUGGGCGUUGUGCCGAAUGUGCAAAAAGAUAGUACCAGGAGAUGUCGGAAUAGAACCAGUACGACAAGCUUCGGACCCGUGUUUUGAGAUUGGAAACGACACCGGACUGUCCUUCUUGCUCUCAGACUCCUUGGGAUUGCUCUUCGCGGCGGCUAAGCAGGGUCAUCUGUCAAAUAUCUGGAAAUAG